AUGCUAAAUGAAUCCGAACCAGAACUCGCCACCUGUCAUCGUUACGUCGACGAUCAUCCAGAUCUCACCAAUGAACCGGCGAUUAUGGUCAUCUUUGCCGUCCUCUACGUGCAUAUCUUUGUGCUCGGCAUCGUCGGAAAUGUGGCCGUUCUGUAUCUAACAUUGAAAAAUCGUCAUCUACAGUCCGUGCAGAAUAUUUUCAUCCUGAAUUUGGCUGCCAGUGAUGUGCUCAUGUGCUUAACGUCGUUUGCCUAUUACACCGAUUACGAACGUCUACAAGACCUGGUUUUUCGCAUCACCCGUCUGCAAGCUCAUUCCACUUGUGCAGGAGACGAAAUGGCUCAUGCAAUGACUAACGUGGCUUCAUUCCCCUAUGAGCUUCAGGACCAUUAA